AUUCGUCGCCCGCGGUUUGGCGGGACUACGCUGUAGCGGGUGGUGCGGCGCGAAGCUUGGGGAGGGGGCGCACCAGGAGAAGUGUGUGUGUGGAGGGGAAAGGGGCGCCGAGUGGGGCGCGGGAAAGCGCUAAGAAAAAAGGGAGGUGUGAAGGGCUCGGCUGGAGGAGGUCGGACCUCGGAUGCCGGCCGGGCACACUCGGCGCCAGUCGAGCCCUCGUAAUUACUGGACGGCGCUGCUGUUGGAAACAUCUGGGGCCAGACUUGAGCGCGGCGGUGGCGGCUGCAGCACCGUGAGAGGGGCGCGCGGGCGAGGGGCGCAGCUCCAAGGGUUCCGGAGAGAUUGGAGCGAAUUACUUGGGUGCUAGAAGCCUCGGGCGGAAUCCGCAGUGCGCUGGGAUCGUGCGCCUCUCACUCCAGCGACGGAGGCAGCGGCGGCAGCGGCGGCGCGGACGAGCGAUCUGGAAUAAUGACAAACACAUUUGGCCUCGAGUGAAGAAGUCGUCCUGGCCUCGCAUUCCAGCAACUGGGAUUUGAGGAAUUUCAAACUGCACUCCGAGGGGCCCUCAUUGUGCUCCGUAGUCCCCACCCCCACUCGGCUCACUUGCGUCUCCAGUGGAGUCUUUUCUGCACGGCCGGGGGUUGGGGGGGCCUGGCUCUUGCUUAGUCCUGGCCGCAGGCAGCAAAGAGGCAAGAUCCCUGGCUAGGAGCUGACCUCUUGUGAAGAAGUCAGGACAUCUCUGAAAGGACAGACGUGGGUGCAGGUCUCAGGAGCUAUGGGGACCUCCCACCAGGUCUUUCUGGUCCUCAGCUGUCUCCUCACAGGGCCGGGCCUCAUCUCCUGCCAGCUCUUAUUACCCUCUAUCCUCCCAAACGAGAAUGAGAAGAUUGUGCAGCUGAAUUCGUCCUUUUCUCUGAGAUGCGUUGGGGAGAGUGAAGUGAGCUGGCAGCACCCCAUGUCUGAAGAAGACGACCCCAACGUGGAAAUCAGAAGUGAGGAGAACAACAGUGGCCUCUUUGUCACAGUGCUGGAAGUGGUUAACGCCUCCGCAGCCCACACCGGAUGGUACACUUGCUACUACAACCACACUCAGACGGAUGAGAGUGAGAUCGAAGGCAGGCACAUUUACAUCUAUGUACCAGACCCAGACAUGGCCUUUGUGCCUCUCGGGAUGACCGAUUCCUUAGUCAUCGUGGAAGAGGAUGACUCUGCCAUCAUACCUUGCCGCACCACAGAUCCGGAGACUCAAGUAACCUUGCACAAUAACGGGAGGCUGGUGCCUGCCUCCUAUGACAGCAGGCAGGGCUUCAACGGAACCUUCAGCGUGGGGCCUUACAUCUGUGAGGCCACCGUCAAAGGGAGGACGUUCAAGACCAGCGAGUUUAAUGUUUAUGCCUUGAAAGCAACGUCAGAACUGAAUCUGGAGAUGGACGCACGCCAGACUGUGUAUAAGGCAGGAGAAACGAUCGUGGUGACCUGUGCCGUCUUUAACAACGAGGUCGUUGACCUGCAGUGGACUUACCCUGGAGAAGUGAGAAACAAAGGUAUCACCAUGCUGGAGGAGAUCAAACUCCCAUCCAUCAAACUGGUGUACACUUUGACCGUCCCCAAGGCCACGGUGAAGGACAGUGGAGAGUAUGAAUGUGCUGCCCGUCAGGCCACUAAAGAGGUCAAGGAAAUGAAGAGAGUCACCAUUUCUGUCCACGAGAAAGGCUUCGUCGAGAUUGAGCCCACCUUUGGCCAGCUGGAAGCUGUCAACUUGCACGAAGUCAGAGAGUUCGUGGUGGAGGUGCAGGCCUACCCGACGCCCAGGAUAUCGUGGCUGAAGGACAACUUGACUCUGAUAGAGAAUCUCACCGAGAUCACCACUGAUGUACAGAAGAGUCAGGAAACAAGGUAUCAGAGCAAAUUAAAGCUGAUCCGGGCUAAGGAAGAAGACAGUGGCCAUUACACCAUUAUAGUUCAAAAUGAGGAUGACGUGAAGAGUUACACGUUUGAGCUGUCAACCCUAGUUCCUGCAUCCAUUUUGGAUCUCGUAGAUGACCACCAUGGCUCUGGCGGGGGACAGACUGUGAGGUGUACAGCCGAAGGCACCCCUCUUCCAGAAAUCGACUGGAUGAUCUGCAAGCAUAUUAAGAAAUGUAAUAAUGACACUUCGUGGACAGUUUUGGCCAGCAAUGUCUCAAAUAUUAUCACAGAGCUCCCUCGCCGUGGCAGGAGUACCGUGGAGGGACGAGUGUCCUUCGCCAAAGUGGAAGAGACCAUCGCAGUUCGAUGCCUGGCAAAGAACAACCUCAGCGUUGUGGCCCGUGAGCUGAAGCUGGUGGCUCCCACUCUGCGAUCUGAACUCACAGUGGCGGCCGCAGUGUUGGUGCUGUUGGUGAUUGUCAUUGUCUCUCUCAUCGUCCUGGUGGUCAUUUGGAAGCAGAAACCACGGUAUGAAAUUCGCUGGAGGGUUAUCGAGUCAAUCAGCCCCGAUGGACAUGAGUAUAUCUAUGUGGACCCCAUGCAGUUGCCUUACGACUCCAGAUGGGAAUUCCCGAGAGAUGGCCUCGUGCUUGGUCGGAUUUUGGGAUCCGGUGCAUUUGGGAAAGUGGUCGAAGGUACAGCUUAUGGAUUAAGCCGGUCCCAACCUGUAAUGAAGGUGGCUGUGAAGAUGCUCAAACCCACAGCCAGGUCUAGUGAAAAGCAGGCUCUCAUGUCUGAGCUGAAGAUAAUGACUCACCUGGGGCCACAUUUGAACAUUGUGAACUUGCUGGGAGCCUGCACCAAGUCAGGUCCCAUUUACAUCAUCACAGAAUACUGCUUCUAUGGGGAUUUGGUCAACUACUUGCAUAAGAACAGAGAUAGCUUCAUGAGCCAACACCCAGAGAAGCCGAAGAAAGACCUGGACAUCUUUGGAUUGAAUCCUGCAGACGAGAGCACAAGAAGUUAUGUGAUUUUGUCUUUUGAAAAUAACGGCGACUACAUGGACAUGAAGCAAGCUGAUACCACACAGUAUGUCCCCAUGCUUGAAAGGAAAGAGGUUUCUAAAUACUCUGACAUCCAGAGAUCGCUGUACGAUCGGCCAGCCUCCUACAAGAAGAAAUCCAUGCUAGACUCAGAAGUCAAAAACCUCCUUUCGGACGAUGACUCCGAGGGUCUGACUUUGCUGGAUCUAUUGAGCUUCACCUAUCAAGUUGCUCGAGGAAUGGAAUUUUUGGCUUCGAAAAAUUGUGUCCACCGGGACCUGGCUGCCCGCAACGUCCUCCUGGCGCAAGGAAAAAUUGUGAAGAUCUGUGAUUUUGGCCUGGCCAGAGACAUCAUGCACGAUUCCAACUACGUGUCAAAAGGCAGUACUUUCCUGCCUGUGAAGUGGAUGGCACCCGAGAGCAUCUUCGACAACCUCUACACCACGCUGAGUGACGUCUGGUCCUAUGGCAUUCUGCUCUGGGAAAUCUUUUCCCUUGGUGGCACACCCUAUCCUGGCAUGAUGGUCGAUUCUACUUUCUACAAUAAGAUCAAGAGUGGAUACCGGAUGGCCAAACCUGACCAUGCCACCAGUGAAGUCUAUGAGAUCAUGGUGCAGUGCUGGAACAGUGAGCCCGAGAAGAGACCCUCCUUCUACCACCUCAGCGAGAUAGUGGAGAACCUGUUGCCGGGACAAUACAAGAAGAGUUAUGAAAAGAUUCACCUGGACUUCCUAAAGAGUGACCAUCCGGCCGUGGCACGCAUGCGGGUGGACUCUGAUAAUGCGUACAUCGGUGUCACUUACAAAAAUGAAGAGGAUAAGCUGAAGGACUGGGAAGGUGGCCUGGACGAACAGAGACUGAGCGCUGACAGUGGCUACAUCAUCCCCCUGCCAGACAUUGACCCUGUUCCAGAGGAGGAAGACCUGGGCAAGAGGAACAGACACAGCUCACAGACUUCGGAAGAGAGUGCCAUCGAGACAGGUUCCAGUAGUUCCACCUUCAUCAAGAGAGAGGACGAGACCAUCGAGGACAUCGACAUGAUGGAUGACAUUGGUAUAGAUUCCUCGGACCUGGUGGAGGACAGCUUCCUGUAACUGACACGCUCCGGGUAUCAUCUUCUCCGGGAGCCUCCUCGGGAUAACCUUAAGAAAACCACUUCAUUGCAAUGCAAAAGUUGAGAAGAGGACUUGGGUGAUGUGGAGAGAGAAAGUUCCCGAGGCCGAGGGCCUUGGUAAGCCUGUGUGGAUGACUGGGAUACUUGGAUUGAACUUUAUCCGUGUUGCCUCUUGCAACGCGUCAGUAGCAUCUCAGCGGCGUGUGCGGUUUGGAAAUGGAUGGACAAGAGAGUGACUGGCCACAGAAGACGGGCUUUGUGUUUCCAGGGCAUGGGUGAGAGUCCCACACGCGCCAACUUGUACUGCAGACAACUCCAGCAUUGUAAUUAUGUAAAUAACUCUUAACCGAGGAUGGGUUUAGAUCUGUGUUAACUCUCCUCUCCGGACCUCUGAAGAGACCACUCAGUCCACCCGUGUGCUUCCUUCCUUCUUGGAAUCCGGUACCAGCUGCUGUUGAAUUUUCUCAUGAAGUACAUGCAAAACCACUUUGAACUUUGGAAGGUACUGGAACCGUCGUGUUUUACUGUCUUGUAAGUGUUAAAGAGGCAAAAAGAUAAAAACUAACCAACCGUGAGUAGUAGGUUUGGGUCUUUUAGGGCACCCAAGAAUUCCUCUGUAUCUUGUAAUCUGUACUUAUAACACUACUACUGUUUAACAAGAAUGCUAAAUAUGUAAUCCGUAACAUGAUUUCUUUACAGAGAAAGCACAAUUAAAACAAAACCCUUACUAAGAAGGUGACAAGUUUGGCAGUUUUUGACAUUUAUAUUAAGUAACACGUUUCUCAAUAAAGUAUAAUAGGUUUAGCGGAUUAAAGUUAGCAAACACUAGAGAGCAGAGUGUAAGUAGUUAUCCAGAAAGUCAAACCUUUUUGUUUUGUUCUAAGCAGUCUCCCUAAUCCAAGGCACUAGGAACAGUUAAUGACCUCUGAAGUACUGGGAUAAGCAAAGCAGAAACCCGGUGGGUGUCCUAAGUGUUCUCAGUAGAAAGGCGUACGCCUGAGCCCAGUGUGACUCCUCACGCUGUGUGCGACCUUCUGGAAGAGACUCAUUCACAAAAAGGACUCAGAUGGGCAGAAUGUCCAUCAGAUGGGACUCAGAUGUCUCUCCUGACCAGUGAUGGCUUGGAUGGAUCCCGCCCAUACCUACUUUUAAAGUCUGUGACUUUUAAGGAUGCUUCAACAUCAGCACCUUACUUUUUCUCUCUUGUCUCAGACGAGAAAGAACUGCAAACCCUGAGACCACAAUGGUGCUGUUGAAUGAAGGCUAUGUGGGCAUCAGCUUGGCUCUUCCCUUCCCACCAUUAACUACAGCUACAGUUACUAGCCUCAAUGGUGUCAGACCUUUGCCCCAGAGAUUUGGAAUUACAAGGUCUGACGGGAGCAGGAAGCUAUAUAUAUGAACUGCCUGGUGCUCUUGAAUAGUCAGUGUUCAGAAACACUGGCUUGGGUUACUGUUGGGGGAGGGCAACUUUGAAAUUUGGAACGGGGCUAGAAGUCAACCAUGCAGGAAGGCUACUGUUUAAGUUCUUGGCUUCAUGUCAAUAACAUGUCAAUGCCACGUAUGCAGCUAUUCCUACCCUUGAUUUAAGUUUCCAGGCUUGGCUGAGGCUGAGAAAGCAAACAUCUUGACUUGGGAACAUCUUCCCAUUCUAGUCAACGUGGGUACCACUUCCCCCUGGAUGGGAGAACCUGAGCUUGCUCGCCUCAAAGUGUGUCCGGGAAUGAUGCAAGUCUGUGUGUCAGGUCUUUGUGCAACCAGCUCCAUAUUCGGUGGAGAAGAUUAAAAAAAAAGUUUUCUGAAUUUGGGGCCUUUAGGUGGUAGGCUAUCAGGAGCAUCCGAACUGUCAAAGUGGUUAGUGUGAGUUCAUUGGCAUUCUCUGCCAUGUGUCUAAUUGCUGACUCUGUAUGAAUGAAACAUGGGCUAUGAUUACUGCAAUCACUGUAUUGCUUCUAGCAGGUGACGCUUUGGAAGGCACAGAAGCAAUAACAAGGUACUUGACUACCUACUGGCAUAAUCUCAAUGCAAACCCCAACUUUCCCUUUUCACAGUAAGUGUGAAGACUGAGCCAGAUUGGCCAAUUGAAAAACAAAAACCUGACUAGAGUCUUUCGAGCCAAUUAGACUUGAACUACAUCCGUCUUUCUAGACUCGUGGCUGGAGCAGUCUGUUUACCACUCAUUUGCACAGCCUCUGUUUGUUGCUUCUUUUUAUUCUGAUGUCGCUUUGGGCCUUGCAUGACACCAUGAAGUUGGAUGAUACUUCUCAGACCAGCAGUUUCCCAUCUUUAGCUGUACCCACCUCUGAGAUUCAAUGGGAAUACGUUCACUUUUGUUUUUUGAGACAGGGUCUUUCUACGCAGCCCUGGCUGCCCUGGAACUCACUGUGUAAACCAGGCUAGCCUUGAACUCUCAGAGAUCCACUGUCUCUGUACCCCCAGUGCUGGGAUUACAGGCAUGCACCACCACACUCAGCAGGGAUACAUUUUUAUUUUUAAACAGUGUUUUGACUGUAUCCUGAUUUGUUUUCUUUCUGGCCUCCUGCAGAGUCCCUGGAAGAAAAUUUACCAAUCUUUCCUGCUUUCUAUUUUUAUGAUGACAAUCAAAGCUUGCCCGAGGAACACAAUUUGUGACUUUUAAAAAAAUGAUCAAUGAUGUCCUUAAAAAAAUGUGGUCUGCCAACCUGUACAAAAUGGUCCUAUAUUUGUGAAGAGGGACGUAAGAUAAAACGAUGUUAUACAUCGAUAUGUAUAUAUCUGUUGCUAUGUAGACUUGGAGAAUACUGCCAAAAUGUGUAUGACAAGCUGUAUCACUGCCUUUGUUUAUAUUUUUUUUAACUGUGAUAUUCCCCACAGGCACGUUAACUGUUGCACUUUUGAAUGUCCAAAAUUUAUAUUUUAGAAGUAAUAAAGAGAAAAAUACUGACAUGUUCCCAACAUGGUGGUGUGGUAAGUGUGUGAGAGCGACUUACUCCAUAGGAAGGGUCUUCCAAUACAAGAUGGCUUCCAGAUACCCCUGUUCAUGUUUUGUUUUAAAAAGUGUAAAUGGAGAUCUUUAUAUUUCAAUAAAUGAUUUAUUAUAUAUGA